AUGUUUAUCGCUCGUUCAGAAUAUGAUCGGGGUAUCAACACCUUCUCCCCCGAAGGCCGCCUCUUCCAAGUCGAAUACUCCCUCGAAGCAAUCAAGCUCGGCAGCACCGCCAUCGGCGUCGCGACGGGCGGCGGCGUCGUCCUGGGCGUCGAGAAGCGCGUCACGUCCACCCUCCUCGAGACGUCGUCGGUCGAGAAGAUCGUCGAGAUCGACCGCCACAUCGGCUGCGCCAUGUCCGGCCUGCAGGCCGACGCCCGCUCCAUGGUCGAGCACGCGCGGGUCGAGAGCCAGAACCACGCCUUCCACUACAACGAGCCGCUGCGGGUCGAGAGCUGCACGCAGGCCAUCUGCGACCUGGCGCUGCGGUUCGGCGAGGGCGCCGACGGCGAGGAGAGCAUCAUGAGCAGACCGUUCGGCGUGGCGCUGCUGAUCGCGGGCUAUGACGAGGAUGGGCCGCAGCUGUACCAUGCGGAGCCCAGUGGCACCUUCUACAGGUAUGACGCGAAGGCUAUCGGGUCGGGUUCGGAGGGUGCGCAGGCUGAGUUGCAGAACGAGUUCCACAAGUCCCUCACCAUCGAGGAGGCCGAGACGCUGGUCCUGAAGACGCUGAAGCAGGUCAUGGAGGAGAAGCUCGAUUCGAAGAACGUCCAGUUGGCCAGUGUGACCAAGGAGAGAGGGUUCCGGAUCUACACAGAUGCAGAGAUGGCCGCCGUUGUAAGCAGAUUACCUGUGAAUUGA